AUGUGCCCGCCAACGGUGACCAUGUCCAGCCUGAGGCUCACCCCAAGGACCAAGUCCAUGAUAAAACUCGCGUGCGGCAUCAGACUCAGGUUGACGGUCAACCCCAAGCGCCCGUUCAUGUCCACGCUCAUGUCCACGGUCUGGCCCAUGAUCAAGUUCACCUCCACGGCCCGGCCCAUGAUCAAGCUCACCUCCACGGUCCGGCCCAUGACCAAGCUCACCUCCACAGUCUGGCCCAUGACCAAGUUCACGCCCAUGCCAACGGCCACGCCAAAAACCGAGCCAAGGCCAGCUAUAAGACUCAUGGGACCGGGACCGGCAGCCACAGGCCUCAUGAAUGCGGUCUACUUUACCAAUUGGAACGUCAACGAAACCUACUUUGAUCCAGAAAACGUCGAGGCCAAGGGCAUCACGCACGCCAUAUACGCCUUUGCAGAUAUAGGCGCCGACGGGACUGUCAAACCAAUGGAUCUUUGGGCCGACGUGCAGAAGCCCUGGAGUGGCGACACCACCGAGUCGGGCAACAACGCCUACGGCUGCGUCAAGCGCAUGUUCAUUCUCAAGAAGCGGAACCGCAAUCUCAAGACACUCCUCUCCAUCGGCGGCUGGACCGCAUCCAACGGCGGCAAGUUCUCCACCAUGGCGGCGACGGAAGAGGGCCGCAAGGCCUUCGCCGAGAGCGCCGUCAAGCUGGCGACCGACUGGGGCAUGGACGGGCUCGACAUUGACUGGGAGUCUCCCAAGGAUACGAAUGAGGCGAAGCACUUGGUACUGCUGCUCCACGAGUGCCGCAAGGCCUUGGACGAGUACGCGACGGCCCAGGGCCAGCGCUACCGCUACCUCCUGACGGCGGCCACGUCGGCCGGGCCGGCUCAUUACGAAAUCAUGGACCUCGCCGGCAUGGACAAGUACCUCGACAUCUGGAAUCUCAUGGCCUACGACUUCGCCGGCGGCUGGGACACGACGACGGGCCACCAGGCCAAUCUCUUCAUGGACCCCGACAAGCCGGAGAGCACCAAGGCCAGUACCCACCGCUCUGUCACCGACUAUCUCGGGGCCGGCAUCCCCUCGAAGAAAAUCAACCUCGGCGUACCACUCUACGGCCGGUCCUUUGCCAAGACGCGCGGCCUCGGCGCUUCCUUCCAGGGUAGCGACGCCCCUGAGGCCCGCCAAGGCACAUGGCUCUACCGCGAUCUGCCGCGACCCGGGGCCAAGGUCGAGUACAACGAGAAGCUUGUCGCCAGCUGGAGCUACAGCGAGGACAAGGGCGAGCUCGUCUCCUACGACACUGUCCGCAGCACCCAGGCAAAGGCCCGCUACAUCUUGGACCAGCGUCUCGGCGGCGCCUUCUUCUGGGAAGCCUCCGGUGAUAAGUCCGGCGACGACAGCUUGGUGGGCACCAUGGCGGCUUCCUUGGGCUCACUGGACGACACCGAGAACAUGCUCGAAUAUCCAAAUAGCCAAUACGACAACAUCAAGAACUGCAUGCCUGGUGUAUGA